AUGGCACAUCAACAAGGAUACGGUGCUCCUCAGAGCACUUACCCUAGUGCUCCAGGUUAUGGAGCUGCACCUACAGGUUAUCCAGGUCAGACCAAUCCUGGGGGACCUCCAGGAUUUGGCCAGGCUGCUCCUAUUGAUCCUCAGAUUCAGCAGUGGUUCUCAUCUGUAGACUCAGAUCGGUCAGGUCGAAUCACAGCCCUGGAGUUACAGAAGGCCCUGGUAAACACAAACUGGACACCCUUCAAUGAAGAGACUUGCAGGCUCAUGAUUGGUAUGUUCGACAAGGACCUCAGUGGCACCAUUGACAUCUAUGAGUUCCAGGCCCUGUGGCACUACAUUCAACAGUGGAAGCAGACAUUUGACCGCUAUGAUGUAAACAAGUCAGGCUCCAUUGAAGGCACUGAGCUGCAGCAAGCAUUCAGAACAAUGGGCUACAACGUAUCCCCACAGUUUGUCCAGAUUGUUGUAGUCAAGUUUGACCAUCACGGCCGCCGGGCAAUCACACUGGACAAUUUUAUCCAGUCAAGCGUCAUGCUGAAGUCAUUGACAGAUGCCUUCAGACAGAGGGACCCGUCCAUGACUGGAAGUAUCCGUAUCUCAUAUGAAGACUUUAUGAGUCUGGCUGUCUUGUAUAAGCCAUAG